AUGCCGUCCAAGCCUGCCCCCAUCAAGAAGGCGGCGAACAAAGAACCAGCCAAGAAGGAGGAGGCGGCCGACCCGGCUGCUGAAGCGGCUCCAGCUCCAGCUCCAGCCGAGGCCGCCCCCGCUGAAGCUGCCCCGGCCCCGGAGGAAGCUGCCCCGGCCCCGGAGGAAGCUGCCCCGGCCCCGGCGGAAGCUGAGGCGGCCCCGGCUGAAGGGGAGGCGGCCCCAGCCGCAGAGGCCGCCGCCCCUGCAGAAGAAACACCUGCCGCUGCUGAAGUUCCAGCUGAUGCCGCUGCUGCUCCAGCUGCAGAAGAAGCUGCUCCUGCUGCAGAGUCUGAAGCCCCCGCUGAUGGUGCAGCUGCUGAGGCCCCAGCCCCAGAAGAGCCUAAACCACCAACGCCUCCAGCACCUCCACCUAAGGAGCCAACAAGUGCUCCCGUGGAUCUGUUUAUUGAGGACAAAAAUGACACUUCUGUUACCAUCAUCUGGAGUCAGCCUGAGACUAUUGGGGACUCUGGCUUGGACGGAUACGUUAUUGAAAUCUGCAAAGACGGAGCUGAUGACUGGAAAGCAGUUAAUGAGGAACUGCAGAAGUCCUGCCGCUAUGUCAUCAAGAACCAGACUACCGGCGACCGCCUGAAGAUCCGCGUGGUCGCCGUGAAUGAAGGAGGCCGCAGCCCCCCCGUCGCCCUUCCCGAAGCCGUGCUGGUGAAGGAGGUUGCUGACCGUCCCAAAGUCCGCCUGCCUCGUUUUCUUAGGCAGAGAUACGUCGCUCACGUUGGAGACAAGAUCAACCUUACCAUCCCCUUCACAGGGAAACCCAAACCUGUGGUGUCCUGGACAAAGAACGGCGAGGCUCUGGACACUAAGAGGGUGAACAUCCGCAGCAGCGACAGAGACAGCAUCCUGUUCAUCCGUGCGGCCGAGAGAGAUGACUCCGGAACGUACGAGAUGUGCGUGAAGGUGGACGACUUUGAAGACAAAGCCCCCCUUAUCCUUCAAAUUGUCGAGCUCCCAGGACCUCCAGCCAGUGUGAAAAUUGCGGACACAUGGGGUUUCAAUGUUGCUCUGGAGUGGACUCCACCCAAAGACAACGGCAACACUGAGAUCACAGGUUACACGAUCCAGAAGGCCGAUAAGAAGACUGGAGACUGGUUCACCGUGUUGGAGCAUUACCACAGACUGAAUGCCACCAUCUCUGACCUCAUCAUGGGCAACACGUACAAGUUCAGAGUGUUUUCUGAAAACAAGUGUGGAAUCAGCGAGAAUGCCAUCGUUACAAAGGAGGAGGCCAAGAUCUUGAAGACGGGUAUUGAGUACAAGCCUGCAGACUACAAGGAGCACGACUUCAGCGAGGCGCCCAAGUUCACCACGAACCUGAGCGACAGGUCUACCACCGUGGGCUACAGCACCAAGCUGCUCUGCUCCGUCAGGGGAUUCCCCAAGCCCAAGGUUGUAUGGAUGAAGAACCAGAUGAUUAUUGGAGAUGACCCCAAGUUCAGGCAGAUCUGCGUGCAGGGUAUCUGUUCUCUGGAGAUCCGAAAGCCCGGCAACUUUGACGGCGGCGUGUACUCCUGCAAAGCCAAAAAUGAUCACGGAGAAGCGCUCGUCAGCUGCAAGCUGGAGGUCAAACAGCCAGUGCAGCCAGAUGCAGAAAAGAAAUAGAUGAACAUCCUCACUCUCAAAGGAGCCGAGUGAACGAGGCCUUUGCAGCAUGAGGAAGGAUUCCUGGAAGAACAUGCACAUAUGGCUGGUGACCAUACUGCCAGCGUGUUGUAGCCUGUGAUCUCUUACCGAGUGUGAACAUCUGUUGAGAUGAACAAUUAUUGUCCAUCGCUUCAUGCCUAAAUCUAAACAUCAAGUCCAUAUCCAUGUCCAUACUCUUUUCCAUCCGUUUUUUCCAGUGGUAACUACACUGACAUGUUUAAAAAAUAUUGUGCCCGCCUACUUUAUCAUCCUCUCAGUCUUACUCGCAUGAAUUUACUGUUCCUCAUAGGAGAGCUACAUGUAACAUCUACGUGUUUAUAUCAAUAAACUAUUUAAUUUCUG